UCGAGAUCUUGCCGCCUGCCAUGAACUGCUCCUAUGACAUGGAGAUGGGCCCGCUCGGGAUCAACUACCUCGAGUUCCACUACUGCAGCAUGGCCGGGUGGGCAUGGGCGUCCUGCCUACUCCUCGCUGUAUGGCUCGUCCUUCUCUUCUACCUUCUGGGCAACACGGCCGACGAGUACUUUUCGCCGACGCUCUCGACGCUCUGCACCCAGGUGCGAUGGUCACGGCUCGGCGCAUGCUCAUGCUGCGCUAGUUUCACAUUCCAUUCGACGUGGCCGGCGUCACCUUGCUCGCCUUUGGAAACGGUGCGCCCGACGUCUUCUCGUCGCUCGCUUCGUCAUCGUCAGGCGCGAUGGAGACCGGACUCAACGCGCUCCUCGGCGGCGCCAUGUUUGUCACGACCAUGGUCGUCGGCGCCGUCCUCGUCGCGUCCACGUCGCCGUUCGUCGCGAUUGCACCCCGCGCGUUUUGCCGCGACGUGCUCUCGCUGCUUUUCGCUGUCGGGCUCAUCAUUCUCUGCGUCCUCGAAGCGUCUACCAUGUACAUGGCCGCGUUCCCGCUCGUCUACGCCCUCUACGUGCUCCUCGUCGUGCUCCCGACCUGCUGGGCGACGCCAUCGCCCAAGGACGAUCACCAUGGCGUGCUCUUUGCGUUCUGGCACGCGCCCCAGCUCUUCGAGACGUCUCCACCAGCGUACAAGUUUGUCACCAUGACAACGAUCACGCAAGCAUCGACGACUCCUGCACCAUCGCAAGCGUUUGACGGCGCCAUAUACGACACAUACUUUGGCUCGAGCGAAGACACCCUUGCGUCGCCGCUCCUCGACGAGACCAGUGACGAGGUCGCGUCACCGCCACCACGUCCUCCUGGUCGGCGCUGGCACUGGCGUCGUGUGCCGCGCCUGCACUGGCGUCACGUCCGCUACCUGCUCUUGGACCUACCCCGCGAGCUGACGAUCCCCAUGGUCGUCGUGCGCGUCAACGGCUGGUCGCGUCGCCGCGCGGCGCUCAGUGUCACCACCACGAGCUUGUUUGUGCUCUGGCUCGGCGGGCUUGUCGAUGCCCGGCCGCACCGCUUGGUUGCUGUUCUGAGCUGCUGUCUCGGGCUCUCGCUCGCCGUGUACGUUGGCACGUACCACCGGACAGCGCCGACGUCGCGGUCGCUUAUCAUGGGUUUCUACACCCUCGGUUUUGUUGCCUGCGUCGCUUGGAUCUAUGGCCUCGCAGCCGAGCUCGUCGCGGUGCUCGCGGCUGUCGGGCACAUCACCACGCUACCGCCGAGCGUUGUGGGCCUCACGAUCCUCUCGUGGGGCAACUCGAUCGGUGACUGGAGCACGAACGUGGCGAUUGCGCGCGGCGGGUGCCCUGAGAUGGCGCUCGCCGGCUGCUUUGGCGGUCCCGUCUUCAACCUUCUCAUUGGCCUCGGUCUGCCGAUGCUGUUAGCGCGACUCGCAUCGAUGACGUCGACGACGCACGUGGCUUGGGACGUGCACUGCAAGGUGUCGCUCGGCUUCCUCGUGCUGAGUCUGGUCUGUACGCUCAGUGUGGUCGCCUUCUCUCGCUUCCAGUGCCCCAAGUGGUACGGCAAGGUGCUCUUUGGCGUCUACCUACUGUACACAAGCGUCCACUUGCUCUUGCUACUGCAAAAAUCCCCAUAAAAAGAAAAAAAUCUAGUAUUUGCUACUACUAAGUCAAAUUUUGACUUAGACUCGCCUGGACUCGGGCACGAGCCAUUCGAAAGCGGGGUCGAUGUCGGACGUGUGCACUGCAGAUGUGCCCGAAGACUCUUGCGGAACCUCGACGUCGAUCCUACACCGUCGCGUCAGACCUGUGCUGCAAGAGCUCCGUGAGUACGCAUCCAAGUUCCACUCGAAGGGGGGCAGGUCCCCGGCUUUGGUGCCGCCUAACACGCACUG